AUGGGCUCCAUCCCAUUUUGCAGCCUUCUUUGCUGCUUUUUAAGCAUAGUAGCAGCUAAUAUAUUUGAGUAUCAGACAGAUUCCCAACCAUUACGCCCAUGCGAACUUCAGAGGGAAAAGGCUUUUUCAGGAGGAGAAACCUACGUUCCUCAGUGCUUAGAAGAUGGACAGUUCAGGACAGUUCAGUGCAAUAGGAAUGGUCUUUCCUGUUGGUGUGUGGAUGAGAACGGCGUUGAGGUACCUGGCAGCAAACAGAAUGGAUAUCCCAUAUCUUGCUUAUCCUUUUGCCAACUGCAAAAACAGAGCAUCUUGGUGAGUCGAUACAUCAACAGCAGCAUCAUCUCCUACAUCCCUCAGUGCCUAGAUUCAGGGGCUUUUGAUGCAGUUCAGUGUGACACAAAGCUGGGUCAGUGCUGGUGUGUAGAUCCAGAAGGAAUGGAGAUUUAUGGGACCAGGCAGAGAGGAAAGCCAACACGCUGUCCAGGAAACUGUGAGAUCCGAGACCGUCGCAUUCUGCACGGUUUUGGGGAGAAGAGUCCACCACAGUGCUCAGCAGAUGGAGAGUUUCUACCUGUCCAGUGCAAGUUUGUCAACACUACAGACAUGAUGUUUUUUGAUCUUGUUCAUAGUUAUAACAGGCUCCCGAGGGCUUUCCAAACGUUCAGCUCCCUGCGGGAGAUGUUCCCGGAGGUCUCUGGGUACUGUUACUGUGUGGACAGCCUGGGGAGAGAGUUAGCAGACACAGGCUUGGAACUGCUGCUCGAUGAAGUUUAUGACACAGUUUUCUCUGUGCUGGAGCCUGCCCGCACGUUCACGGAGACCACCGUAUAUCGGAUUCUGCAGAGGCGGUUUCUGGGGGUUCAGCUAGCUACCUCUGGCAAGUUCAGAUGCCCCUCAAAAUGCGAGGUUGAGAGGUACGCAGCCCUGCGUUACCAGCACGCCUAUGUCCCCACCUGUGAUGGUGCUGGGGGCUACACGCCUGUGCAGUGUGAGCAGGGAGGACGGUGCUGGUGUGUGGACACCAAAGGGCAAGAAGUCCAGGGCACAAAGAGACGGGGACAACCACCGGCCUGCGGUGAAGAACGACGGUGCAUCUCUGAGAGGCGACGGGCAUUGUCAAGGAUCUUUUAUGGCCCUGCUGGGUCCUUCCGUCAGCCCAAUUUGUUUUCCUCAUCAGAUACACAGUCGGAAAGAAAAUCUAGCUUCUCAAGACCCUGCCCUCCUUCCUUCAAGGAGCUGUUUCUGGACUCUGGAUUGUCAUCCCCAGUGGCACAAAGCCCAUAUGCCAACCAGAUUCCGGGGCUAGAAACUACUCUUAGUGAAGCCAUCAUGGGGAUGUUCCCAUCAAGGGAACUGGCUCAAGUGGCCCUGCAAUUUACUGCCAAUCCACAGCGUUUCCAAGAAAACCUCUUUGGAGGAAGAUUCUUGAAGAAUUUGGUCCAGUUUAACUUCACAGGGGCACUUGGUGCUAAUGGGAAAUACAGCAUUGGCCAAUUUUUCCCACAGGAGAAUGUGGCAGAGAAGGGUAAUGGCCAAGGCCUUCUGGAGUCAGCUGAGGCAUUUUCAUUGGAGGUAUCAAAUGGGAGCUCCAUUUUGAGCAAACCUCUUGUAGGCAGCUUUGGCCGCACAGUAAUUCUACAGGACAAUCAGAAUAUGAUGAAAUUCCUUUCUGCUCUUCUGGAACUACCAGAGUUCUUUACUUUUCUUCAACAAGUUGUUUCUGUCCCCAGAAGCAUUGCUGAAGAUUUAGGUGAAGUGGUGAAACUAGCAUUGGGCUCCAAAGACUGUGGUGAGGAGCCAAAGGAUCUGUUUGUUCCAACAUGCACCAAGGAGGGAAAGUAUGAAGAAGUUCAAUGCUAUGCAGGAGAGUGCUGGUGUUUGGACGCUUCAGGUAUGGAAGUGCCAGGCUCAAGAGUUCAAGGCAAACAUCCAAGGUGUCCCACUGAUUGUGAGAAGCAAAGGACAAGCUUACAAAACUUGAAACGAAGCCUGCCUGCAGGAUCAGAUCUUUUUAUUCCAUCUUGUACCGAAGACGGAGACUUUCUACCACUCCAGUGCUAUGGGACAAAUUGUUUCUGUGUUGAUUUGAAUGGCAAGACUAUUGCAGGAAUAAGAGGAAAAGCUGGAAAGACGCAAUGCCCAAGUGCUUGCCAAGUAACAGCUGGUCAGGAGUUUCUAAAGGCUGCGAAACUGCUGUUGUCAGAUCCCAGGGCUCUCCCUCAACUCUCCAGCGUUUAUGUCCCACAGUGUGAUGCUGAGGGUGCCUGGAGGCAGGUGCAGUGCAGUGGCCCCCCCGAGCACGUCUUUGCCUGGUACGAAAGGUGGAUUACAGAGAACAAUGGAGGCAAAACCCUGCCCAUUGCUAACCUCUUGGACAUCAUAGCUGGAUAUAAAGAGGUAUCUUCCAAAGGCUUUUCAGAUUUUAUUAAAGCUUUAUAUGAGGAUGGGCACCAGAAUGUCUUCCCAGCAUUCACCACAUAUUCGUCCUUCACUGAUCUCCCACCUGAAGUUCUGGGAGGAAACGUGACGUAUGCAUCUGAGAACAUUUUACUGGAUCCAUAUGUGUUCUGGCAGCUUCUGAAUGAGCAGCUCACUUAUUAUCCAGGACCCUAUACUGAUUUCAGUGCUCCAUUAAGCCACUUUGAACUUCGUGAUUGUUGGUGUGUUGAUAGCAAAGGAGAAGAGCUGCAAGGGACAAAGGCAGAAGUGAACCAGGUCCCAGCAUGUCCUGGUAUAUGUGAAGGUGUUAAGCAGGAAGCCAUGAAAUUUGUGGAGGAGGCAGAGCGGCUCAUCUUAGCAUCAAAUCGUUCCCACUUUGCUUUUGGAGAAAGCUUCUUGAUAGCAAAGGGAAUACAGCUCUCAGACAAUGACCUCCUACGUUCUGCUCAGCCCACUGAGUCAGAGGUGGUGGUCUCUGAAAAGCUGUUGUCAGGCAGUGACUAUGCUCUCCAGCUGGCUGCACAGUCAGUCUUGCAUUUCUACUGGCGGAAUCACCUUACUUCAAAAGGUUCUGCUGGAGAAACAACGCAGCUGGGAUUUCUCCCUUAUGUCCCACAGUGUGAUGGUCUGGGAAACUGGGAACCAACUCAGUGCUAUGAGAGCACAGGUCAUUGCUGGUGCGUUGAUGAGAGAGGACAUUAUGUCAUGGAUUCCUUGGUCUCACGCUCAGCAGAACUUCCCAAAUGCCAGACCUCAUGUCAGCGAUCUCGAACCAAUGCCUUAAUUUCCAGCUGGAGACAGACUGAUCUAUUCAUCCCCCGCUGCCUUGAGACAGGAGAAUAUGCUGUGCUACAGAGAUCUGACGCAGACAUUUGGUGUGUAGAUCCUGUGUCAGGAGAAGUAUUUCAGCGUGGCAGCAAAGAUUUGGAUGGCAAUCCUGAGUGUCCUAGUUUCUGCAAUAUGCUGAAGUCUAAAACCGAUCUACGAGAAGCUGGCAAAGGUUACAUCCCGCAAUGUGAAGGGGACGAUGGGGCUUUCUCACCCGUGCAGUGCAGCCAAGAUCAAGAGAGCUGCUGGUGUGUCUUUGACAGUGGAGAAGAGGUGCCAGGGACACGAGUGAGUGGAGGAAGACCUGCAUGUGCAA